AUCGGCGCGCGGCUUACUUCAGUCCAGUGCGCAAGAGUGUCGACAGUGAACGUGUUUGAGACUUUGUAAAAUUGUGACAUUCAAAAUGUUUAUUAUAAAGCGUGCAUUGUUGUACGCUUUCCUAUUAGCAGUGCUAUUAGAACCAAUAUUAGCGAGGAGAGGUUUUAGUGGUGGACAUAGUUAUCCAAAAUCUGGUGGUUUAUCGGGUGGAGGUCAUCGCUCUGGUGGGCUGUCUGGUGGCGGACACGGUUACCCCUCAGGUGGUCACGGAUAUCCUUCAUCUGGUGCGCGUCCCCCUAGUCACGGAUAUCCAUCUGGGGGCGGCUUGUCUGGGAGUGGAAAUAGUGGAGGAAGCCACGGAUAUCCUUCAAGUGGUGGUUUGUCCGGGAGCGGGAACAGCGGAGGUAGUCAUGGAUAUCCUUCCGGUGGCGGCUUGUCCGGCAAUGGAGGUAGUCACGGCUAUCCAUCUUCAGGUAGCCAUGGUUAUCCUUCAUCUGGCGGUGGUUUGUCUGGCAACAACAACAACAGAUACCCACAAAACAAACCUAGCACGGUGCAUCACACGACGAAUGUUUACAACUACCACUACAGCCCGCCGCAGCGCAUCUCGUACGCUCCACCCCACGGUGGACCAGCAGUGAGUUACCCAGUUUACCACGGCACUCCUCCGACUUACGUUUACCAGUACAAAAACUCAGGCAGCAAAUACGGUACGUUGUUGGCUGGUUUAGCGCUACUCAACCUUGGAACUCUUGCUGGCGCUGCUUACGCACACAGCCGCACACAACAAUACAAACCAAUACCUGGCGAGGUGUGCAAGUUUGCAGUGAAGAAAGACAACGGUGAAUACGAGGAAACUAAAAUAGACUGCCAGAUUAUAAGCAGCUUUAUUUUGGAAGAUCUAGCCCAACGUAGUACAGGAACUAAUUCAACUGUUUCGGUGGUUACUGUAACUAACACAACUGUGACAAAUAGUACAAACAUGAUGGCAGCUAACCCGACGCCGGCUCCUGCGGCUCCUGUACCCGGCAAUGUUUUGUAUGCAAUGUUGCCCAAUGGAACAUUGGUGCCUGUGAACCAGACAGAUACGCCUACUACUGCAGCUCCGAUGAAUGCCUCGUUGGGCGGCCUGGCACCCAAUGGAACAGUUAUAACCUCAUCUGUAGUGACUACGACUACAAAUACAACAGUUGUGAACGCUCUGGACGUCAAGGGUAAACCUGUGCAAGUGACACCGGGAAUGCAGUGUUUCGUGAUUCGCUCUAGUUCAUCACAUUACAUGAAGAAACCUGUGCAAUGUGGUCUCUUGCAGACAUACGCAGACAAGUCAAUACGUAAAAAUUCGGCUACUCGAAAUGGACCUAUGUUUACAACAAUAUUAGCAGCUGUUAUAGCUUAUUGUAUAGCAUAUUAAGUAUAAACACCUCAAUGUGUCCAUCCGUGAUUUGGUAACGUGUAGUUACAAGCAGCUCAUGUCUUGAACUACAAUGUGAAAAGAACUUUAUUUACCUUGUUGCAUUUCAUGGUGUUUAGUAAGAAUGAAUUGAUAGUGAUUGUAUAAAGAAUAUUAUGUUAACGAAUUGUACAUAAGACACCAUAAUUUUGUAUAACAUUGUAUAGUAUUUCAUUGAAUUUUGUAUAAAUUCACACUUCUAGGCGCGGAUUCGUAUACUAGAAGCGUUUUAGAUCACGACGAUAGAUUGUUUUGCGUAUAAUCUUGAGACCAAACAUGAUGCGGAUCUGCUUGUUUAUAAAAUGUCGCGUAUUAUUACCUAAUAUUUUGUUUGUUGAACAUUAAGCCAGGGAUUGCUCAAUUCGGUACUUAUUGAUCUGAGUAACACACUGUAAUUUUGAUAGCAGGAUGAAAGAGAUUUUUUUUAAUAUUGAUGUAUACCUACCUAAUGUUCUUUACAUUAGGUAGGUAUGGUCUUUACAGUGCAAGGUAUGGUCGUUUCAUUUGCCUUCAAAUUUGGUUAAACUAUACAUUUAGAUCAGGAAAAUAAACUUAACUUUAACUUGCAGUAAUAAAAAAAAACUGAUAACGCCUUAUGUCAAAAUGAAUAUUAAAUAGUAAAGCGUUUAGGAAAAUAAUAAUGGAUUUCACUAUCACUAUUACUAUUAUAUUAAUAUUCAUAAUUCGUGAGACUAUGAUAAGUGUAUGUUUGAAUGUUUAGUAUUAUUAAGUAGAUAUUUGUAUUAUUUUUUUUGUUAUUUAAUAAAUUAAAUUUUGAUUACGUUAGGGAACUAUUUUACUUUUACAUCACAGAAUAUUUAUUAUUAUAAGUAAUAGGUUUAUGUAUGUAUGUUGGAUUCACAUCGUUUAUGUAUUUUCGUGAUCAAGUUAAAUUAGAAAUGUGCAUGGUCUCGAAACAUGAAGGCCAAAAUUACUUAACUACCUAAGUACCUAGUUAAUGCAUAUCUUACUUCACUAAAAGUGAUUCCUGUAAAAACUUAUAUUGUGAUAUUUAAUGUAUAUAAUAAAAAACAUAUUUUGAGUAAA